CUUCCUGUGUUAUCUGAAAAUUUCGACUUUGCGUGACUGGCGUUACAGUACAGUGCGAUUCGAUCCAUCACCUACAGUCGACAAGAGUAGAGAAACUUUGUUGACGAAAAAUUGUCCUACAAAUAAUGUCUUAUUAUCACAGCCACUGGAGAGACAUAGACGCUUGGAAGAAAGAGGGAAUAGUGUUCUCCUCUCCCAGUAAUGAGGCAGUAAAGCUAUAUGAUGCUGCAGUUUCGCAGKUGAUUCAGUAUUAUGAGAACUCUAGCCUUGGUGGUUUGGAAAAGACCAUCCAAGGAAUUAUACAGGCUGAUCCUAAUUUUGUUAUGGGCUACAUAAUGAAAUCUGGCAUCCCAGUAAUCCAAGUUGACCUAGAUGCUAAUCCAGCAAUACAAAGRGAUUACAACUUCAUUAUGCARCUUGUGGAUAAGGGGAAAGUUACAGAACAUGAAAAGAAACAUGCCAUGGCAUAUAAAGAGUGCUUUUAUGGGAACACUGCUGAGGCUUGUAACAUUUGGGAGAAUAUCUUAACUGAACAUCCGACUGACAUUUACGCAUUAAAGCUGCUUCAAGAAACAUAUAUACUACACGGGAUGUACCCGCAACUUCGGGAUGCCAUCGCUGGUGUAUUCCCAUCUUGGAAACCAGAAAUACCAUUACAACCGUAUUUGUAUGGAAUGCGAGCUUUUUCCUUGGGGGAAACAAGCCGUUUUGAAGAUGCUGAAAAAUGCGCUAUAAAGGGCCUUGAACUGAUGCCAAUCGACUGCUGGGCAACCCAUGCACGGGCACAUGUAUUUGAAGAAACAGGCCGACAAGACGAGGGCAUAAAAUUUAUGAGUGAAACUGUUAAAGACUGGGAUAACGAGAGCGGGCUUACUGGUCACAAUUAUUGGCACUGGUCGCUCUACCAUGUCGAAAAAGGGGAGUAUGAAACUGCUUUAGAGAUGUUCGACCAAAACWUUGGAAAAGCAAUGACGCCCUGCAAUUUAUUUCAAUUAACUAACGUAGCGUCUUUGCUGUAUCGAUUGGAAUUAAUGGGUGUAAAUGUUGGAGACAGAUGGGAUGAAAUUAUUAAGCAUUAUUCAGAGCAAACAGACACUCAUGUCUGGAUGUUUGUUGAUGCCCAUCUAAUGAUGUGUACUUUGGCUGCAAAACGUGAGGAUCUGACGCUUAAGCUAAUGCAGUCGCUAAAAGACUAUGUCAAGGAUUGUUCAGGUACGAACGCCAAAGUCACCCGUGAGAUUGGUAUAGCAUUGUGUGAGGCAUUUGUCUUGGCUGAUAAGGGUCAGUUUGAUGAAGCAGUUGAGCUGUUAAACCCACUUCGUUAUGAACUUUACAAGCUUGGAGGAAGUAAUGCGCAGCAAGAUGUCUUCAGAUUGUUUUUUAUUAAUGCCGCUAUGAUGUCUCCUCGUAAAGAUCAUCAAAAACUUGCAAGGCGACUUCUAGCUCAGCGCAAACUUGGAAAGGAAAACUCACCAAUGACGGAUAGAUUGGCUGCAAAAGCGAUGGCGAAUCACUUGGACUAGGCGAUAUUAUACUAACAAUUAAACUGAUAUAUACACU